AUGAUUUCUUUUUUACUUGCUCUUAAGGCCGAGGAUCUUUUUCUAGAAGAAGUGUUCCGUGACCCAAUUAUAUUUCCUGUAAAGUAUUCUAUUUAUGAUGUAGUAAAAAGGAAAUGCGAAGUAAAUUUAGAUGAUCAAACAAUAAGUUGCCCUCAAGGAAUUAAUAACACAAACUCUGCAUAUGUAUCUACGAUUCUAAACAAUAUGCCUCCAGGAUACUUUGGAAUCUUGAAUUUUACAGGUAAUUCGUUAAAAAACAACCCUAAUCAAAUUAUUCAAAUCGAAGUAAAAGCAAAUAAUAUGUCACCAAGUUACUUUUUCAAACCUGAUGGAAUAGAACAUACAACUACAGUUAUUCCAAUUGUGAAUGGCACAUUCGUACGAGCUUUCUUUCUUUCCAAAGAUGGUGAGAGCGUUUUUAAGAUACCAGAGCUUAAAUUCAUUUGCACAAGUAUUGAAAGAAAAGUUUACGGAAAACCAAAAUUAGAAAAAAUUGAAAAAAUGUUUAUCGCGCUUCAGUUGAAGUUACAACGACAGACAAGUUAUAUAUUCAAUCUUUAUUUAUUCCGAACAGUUUUGGUUUGCCAAGUACAAUGUAUCGAUAUAAUUAUCCAAUUGCAGAUUCCAAAACUGACAUAA